AUGUCCAUAACCAAGUUCGCAAAAUCGCAGCUGAAGCAGUCUAUGUUGACCGGGAUUCCGCAGAUCAUCCAGGCCAAAGGGCCCCAAAAGCUAUUGAAAAGCUUCGUCCUAAUGGUCUGCCUGAGCGGAUGUCUCUACCAAAUCUGGUCUUACAUGGAAGUCUAUUGGAAGUAUCCGGUCCUUGUAGACGUCUAUGUGUCGAAUCCGAACAGCAUCACGCCGCCCGCUUUCACGAUCUGCGAGUAUAAUGGAAUCAACAGACUGAAAUUUUGCAAGGAAUUUCCAGAUCUCUGCACGCCGAAAAGGGAAUUUUUAGAUUUUUGCCAAAGUCAUUCCCAAUUCUGUCUGAAGUAUAUGACAAAUCCAAAGGGAAAGAUGCCUGCCGUUACACCACAGGAGCUACCACAAAAUAUUUCUGAUGUACGUUCGAGGUACCAGAAAAUGGGAUCUCAGCAUCAAUUUUUUGUAGAUUACGUCAUCUAUGAUGAUGAAUAUCUGAGUCCGAAACCGGUGUAUGUAUUCAACGUCCAAGGUCUACCCACAAACUGUUAUGCGUUCAACACUGUUUGGAGAAAUAGUUCAGCAGUCUUGGUUAAAGUUCCUCAAAGAACAGGUUUUGAGAUGUUACUGAAGACAGACGAGAGCCAAAACUUUUAUUUAUCGACUCCAAACGUCAUCCAGAUGGCAGUGCAUUCACCUUUCAUGAUGGUAAAUCCCUUCACAGAAGGAUUCUCUGUACAAUCCUGCUCGACUUACAAAAUGUAUCUGGACAAAAUGUGUAUUGAAGAAUGUGCAUUCAAUCGAUCGAUCGAGAUUGCUGGUUGCUUCAACCCUACAUUCGUCGAUUAUCCGAAUGAUACUGCGCCAUUUUGUUAUGAUGGUCCAAGCUUAGAAGAUGUGUUUGAAGAGUGUACAGUAAAAUGCCAGCCUGCAUGCUAUGAAGAAGAAAUCCGAGUAAGAAUUGAAGAAUUUGCUUAUUCUAAUAUAGAUGUAGAAAGUUGA